AACCCCCAGCUGUUUAAGGACGGAGACAUCAUGUUGGGGGGCAUCUUUUCUCUCCACAGCAGCUGGAAUGACCGAAAGGAUACCUACGAGCACAAGCCGCCUCCACUGCAGUGCACCAGUUUGAAUUUUAGGGGAUUCCAGUUUGCCCAGGCUAUGCUCUUUGCCAUCGAGGAGAUAAACAACAGCACAGACCUGCUGCCCGGUCUCACUCUGGGCUAUAAAAUCUAUGACUCUUGCGGCUCCAUUUCUAGAGGGGUGAGGGUUGCACUGGCUAUGGCCAAUGGGGAAUCGGACGGUCCUUUGGACGAGCUCUGCACCAGACCAGCCCAAGUUCAGGCUAUUGUGGGUGAGACGUCGUCCUCUCCUUGCAUGGCUAUAGCUACUGUCAUCGGACCCUUUCACAUCCCACUGGUUAGCCAUUUUGCCACAUGUGCCUGUCUCAGCAACAGAAAAGAGUACCCAACCUUUUUCAGAACCAUUCCCAGUGACUACUACCAGAGUCGAGCUUUAGCAAAGCUGGUCAAGCACCUGGGUUGGAUGUGGAUUGGAGCCAUAGCUGUGGACAAUGAGUAUGGCCUCAAUGGCAUUGCUGCAUUCAUACAGGCUGCACAAGAAUAUGGAGUGUGCAUUGAGUAUUCAGAUGCCUUCUCAUCCUCUGGUCCACCUAAUGAUCUGCAGAGGGUAACAGACACAAUUCAAAGUGCUACUUCCAAAGUGAUUAUGGCCUUUGUGAGUCAUAGAGAAAUCAAAUUGCUGGCAAAGGAGCUGUUCAGACGUAACGUUACAGGUCUGCAGUGGGUCGGCAGUGAUGCCUGGAUCACCGAUCACUCUCUGCCUGAAAGCGAGGGCCACGGCGUCCUUGCGGGCUCACUGGGCUUCACUGUCAGCAGAGCUGAGAUCCCCGGGCUGGAGGAGCACCUGAGAGGGCUCCACCCCUCGCAGUUCCCGCACAGCCGGUUCGUGCAAGACUUUUGGGAGGAGACGUUUGACUGCUCGCUAACUGCAAUCGCAAACGGCCAACGGAAGCCCUGCAGCGGCCACGAGAGCCUGCAAGACGUCCAGUCACAAUACACCAGCGUGUCCAAGCUGAGGUUCACCAACAAUGUCUACAAGUCCGUCUACUCGGUGGCCCACGCCCUAAACGACCUAUUCAGGUGUGAAGAAGGAAAAGGGCCCUUUUCCAAUGGGAGUUGUGCUGAUACUGCACACAUUAAGCCAUGGCAGGUCCUGCAGUAUCUCGGCAAGGUCAACUUCACCACUCAAGGAGGGGAAAGAGUUUAUUUUGACAGCAACGGUGACUCACCGGCAAAAUACGAGCUGGUCAACUUACAAAUGAAAAGUGGAGGAAUGAUGGAGGGAGUGACAGUGGGCAUUUAUGACGCUUCUCUGGCAGAGAGCCAUCAGUUUAUCAUGAGCAACAUUCCAGUGGUCUGGGGAAACGGACACUCCAAGGUGCCCGUGUCAGUGUGCAGUGAGAGUUGUCUUCCAGGAACCCGCCAAGUCCUUCAAAAAGGGCGUCCGGUGUGUUGCUACGACUGCAUUAUUUGCCCCGCAGGAGAGAUCAGUAAUGUAACAGAUUCUCUACAUUGCAUGAAAUGUCCAUCUGACUUCUGGUCCAACAAACACAGAGACGCCUGCAUCCCAAAGAAAAUAGAGUUCUUGACCUAUGAAGAAAUACUGGGAACUCUUUUAGCCUUGUUCUCUUUGCUAGGAGUGUUCCUGACCAUGAUAGCGACGUUAGUCUUCUACUGCCACAAAGAAACGCCGCUCGUACGAGCAAACAACUCCGAGCUGAGCUUCCUGCUGCUCUUCUCCUUGACCCUGUGCUUUCUGUGCUCUCUGACCUUCCUCGGCCGACCCACCGAGUGGUCCUGCAUGCUGCGCCACACAGCCUUCGGCAUCACCUUCGUGCUGUGCAUCUCAUGUGUUCUAGGGAAAACGAUACUGGUCUUGUUGGCCUUUAAAGCCUCACUUCCAGGCAGUAAUCUAAUGAAGUGGUUUGGACCCACACAGCAGAGACUCUGUGUUGCGGCAUUCACUCUGGUACAAGUGGUCAUAUGCAUACUUUGGUUAACCAUCAGCCCUCCUUUGCCAUUCAAGAACAUGUUACUUUACAGAGACAGAAUCAUCUUAGAGUGCCACCUCGGCUCUGCUUUGGGCUUCUGGGCUGUUCUGGGCUACAUAGGAGUCCUGGCCAUGUUAUGUUUCCUAAUUGCUUUUUUAGCUCGAAAACUACCAGAUAAUUUCAAUGAAGCGAAAUUAAUCACUUUCAGUAUGUUGAUAUUCUGUGUCGUCUGGAUCGCCUUCAUCCCGGCUUAUGUGAGCUCUCCUGGCAAGUUCACUGUCGCUGUGGAGAUAUUUGCCAUCCUGGCCUCUAGUUACGGACUGCUUGUUUGCAUUUUUAUGCCAAAAUGCUUUAUAAUACUGUUUAAACCUGAGAAAAACACUAAGAAGCACAUCAUGGGAAAGUCAAAUAAUUAA